AUGGAUUAUAUGAAAUAUGUUGCCCUAGUUUGUCUUAUAUUUCAGACAGUUGCUGUUAUUUUUUUUAUGAGAAUUUCUAGGAGACACCAGGGAAAUAAUAACCCAAUUUUAUACUUUAAUUCUUCCGCAGUAGUGAUUUCUGAAUUAAUGAAGUUAUUUGUAUCACUACUUAUUAUAUGGUAUGAAAAAGGAAUGAGCCUAAAGGGCUUACUUCAGUCUUUAAAGAACAAUGUAUUUAAUUCGUGGACUAGUAAUUUAAAGGUGGGAGUACCUGGAUUGUUGUAUGUAAUUCAAAAUAAUCUACUAUUUAUAGCACUGUCGAAUUUAUCUGGAGCAGUAUAUCAUGUAACUUAUCAAUUAAAAAUUCUUGUUACGGCAGUUUUGUGUGUACUUAUUAUGGAGAAGAAGCUUCUAGGUAUACAGUGGUUCUCUUUAUUCCUCCUUACGGCUGGUGUAAUAUUUGUUCAACCAAUAAAAGGUGGAGAAUUAUUUAGUAAUAACUGGAGUGCGGUAAUAACAGGAUCUGGAGUAAUGGGACUAGGAGCUGUGAUACUAGCAUGUUUUACUAGUGGUAUUGCAGGUGUAUUUCUAGAGAAAUUACUUAAAGACAACAAGACGAGUAUUUGGGAAAGGAAUAUUCAAUUAGCUCUUUAUGGAGUAUUAUUUGGUUACUUAGGAUGCUUAUUUGGGGCAGAUGGAAGCAAAAUGAUGUCACUAGGAUUCUUUUAUGGUUUCAAUAAUAUAGUCUGGACUGUUGUAAGUUUACAGGCAAUUGGUGGGAUUAUUGUUGCAGCUGUAUUAAAAUAUGCAGAUAAUAUUCUGAAGUGUUUUGGUAAUUCUGUCAGUAUAAUUAUAAGUUGUAUAUUGUCAUGGUAUAUAGGUGAUUAUAACUUAUCUAUAACUUUUAUUUUAGGUUCAACUAUGGUUAUAUGGUCUAUUGUUAUUUAUAAUUUUGAGACAUUGUAUCCAUUUUCUAACUUAUAUUCAGAAAUAAGACUAUUAAUUAAGAGAAAUGGGAAAAAGAAAUUUAUAUCUAAAUAUAGAGAGAUGAGAGAUAAGGCUGUAAGUUCAAAAAUAUUGGAAUUAGUUGAUGAUUCUGAAGAUGUAUUACCAAGAGGAGUUCCAUUAUUUGUUGUAAAUUCUGGUGUUUAG